GUGAAAACACUUCGUCAUCUUCACGUAAUCUUUCUGGUACCAGAAACCGUUACGUUUACCCGUCCUCUAUCAAUAUUCAAUAUGCAUCUACUUCCAUGUUUAUCUCACACUCCCACUCCUAUUCUCAUUUCUCCCCAACUAAUCUCUCUCGAAAUCACCGCCAAUGGCUUCAUCCGACCUCAAAUCCGCCGCCUUGAUGGAGCAAAUGAAAACCCAUCUCUCCUCUGACGCCGGCAAAGCCGUCACCAAGAAGAUCGGACUCGUUUAUCAAAUCAAUAUCGCCCCCAAGAAACUUGGAUUCAACGAGGAGAUUUACGUUGUCGAUCUCAAAAAAGGAGAGGUUACCAAAGGUGCAUAUGAAGGUGGAAAGCCAGAUGCCACCUUUUCUUUCACAGAUGAAGACUUCUUCAAGGUUGCAACUGGGAAAAUGAACCCUCAAAUUGCUUUCAUGAGGGGUGCAAUGAAGGUGAAAGGCAGUUUAAGUGCAGCCCAGAAAUUUACACCUGACAUCUUCCCAAAACCUUCAAAGAUUGUUAUUGAUGGUGAUUUGUAUUCUUCUAUGAGUGAGAGUGAAGAAGAAGAUGUUGAGAACUCAUUUUUUGAAGGUGUUGAAUCUUCAAGUUUAGUACAUGAUGCACAAUAUUUUGAUGAUAUAAUUGGAGAACAUGUCUAUAAGCCAGAUGUACCUGUUCAACUUAUUCCAUUUAAGGCUUUAAUCUUCAAAUCAUUAAAGUUGGCUAUCAAAAUGUACGUUGAGUAUGCUGAAAUUGGUGGUUUUGAUGUUAGACUGAGCACACAGUCAAUGUUUGAUAACAAGAUUAUAAAGAAGAAACAUGUUAUAUGUAAUCGUGGUGGUAAACAGAAAAAGAAAUCUUGUGACACAUUGGGUACAAGUGGUGUUAGGAGGAAACGAAAUUCAAAUUCAAGAGCUAUUGGUUGUCAAGCAAAGAUUAUAUUUGAAUCUGUGUAUGGAACUCCAGAUUAUAAAGUUUUUCAGUUUGAUGAACUUCACAACCAUCCACUGGAGAAGAGAAGUGAUUUAAAAAAGGCGAGACAAAUGUCAUAUUCAGAAAAAGAGUUUAUUGUGCGUGCUUCCACAUCAAAAAUAGGUCCAACUAUGGCUCAUAAGAUAUCAGAUGAUUUAUUUACAAACACAGACUUUAGAAAAAGGUUUUCGAAGCUUGUUUGGGACAUUAAUAUGAAACCUGAUGUUUUUGAGGUGAAGUGGGGUUUGCUUAUGAAGGAAUUCAAUCUUGAAGACACAAGAUGGUUUAAAGACAUGUUUACAAUACGUGAUUCAUGGAUACCUGGAUAUUUUAGUGAUAUUCCAAUACAUGCUUUUACAAUAAUGAUGAGAUAUGGUGUUAAAGAAAUUCCUGAAAGGUACAUUUUGAAGAGAUGGAGAAAGGAUGUGAUAUCAAGAAUCUAUCGUUUUAGUUCUGUUCAAUCCGAUUCAGGUGAUUGUGAGAAUGUAAAGCUAGUCAAUGAUUCAUAUUAUAGUUUUGAAUCAUGUUUGGAUAUUGUAAGAGAUAACAAAAGGAGAUUGGCUUUGUUUGCUGAGAAACAACAAAUGUUGUUGAAGGAAUUUGAGAGUGAUUAUAUUUCUCAUGGAUUGAAAAGCAAGACAGAUGGUGAAGUCGUAUGCAAGCUUUUGGGUGUUACUAUUCCUAUUCCAGAAGAGAUUAAUAUUCAUGUUCCUGAAGUUCAAAGCAAUAAAGGUUCUGGAAUCAAGAAAAUAAUUCCAAGUGCAGGUGAAGUAUCAUAUGAAAAUUCUAAAAAAGAACAUAGAAUGUGUUCAGGAUGUGGAAAACAAGUUCCACACAAUUUACGUACUUGUCUAGAAAGAGUUGGAGCUGCUAAAUCAGCAAAAGACAGUUAG